CCAUGCAUCAACAUAAUCUCAAUCUAUAAAUAGCCAUCUCUGUAUACGAUCAGCAGACAGCAGAAGCAGAAGCAGGCAGUCCAUCGAUCAUCUCUUCUCUUCCAGCAAGGAAGCAGCAGAGAAGACAAUGGCAGCAUCGGCCAUGAAGCUCGCCAUGGCGGUGGCGUGCGCGCUGGCGCUCGCGUCGGCGUGCCACGGCCUGCAGCUGGGCUACUACAAGCAGUCGUGCCCCCGCGUGGAGGCCAUCGUGAGGGACGAGGUGAAGAAGUUCGUCUACAAGGACGCCGGCAUCGGCGCCGGACUCAUCCGCCUCGUCUUCCACGACUGCUUCGUCGAGGGAUGUGAUGGCUCGGUGCUCCUGGACCCAACUCCGGCGAACCCGAAGCCGGAGAAGCUCAGCCCGCCCAACAUGCCCAGCCUCCGCGGCUUCGAGGUGAUCGACGCCGCCAAGGACGCCGUCGAGAAGGUCUGCCCCGGCGUGGUCUCGUGCGCCGACAUCGUCGCCUUCGCCGCCCGCGACGCCGCCUACUUCCUCAGCAGAUUCAGGGUCAAGAUCAACGUCCCAGGUGGACGCCUCGAUGGCCGCCGCUCCCUCGACUCCGACGCCCUCAACAACCUGCCGCCGCCCAACUUCAACGUGAACCAGCUCAUCGGCGCGUUCGCCGCCAAGGGCCUCGACGCCGAGGACAUGGUGGUGCUCUCCGGCGCCCACACCGUCGGCCGCUCCCACUGCUCCUCCUUCGUCUCGGACCGCGUCGCCGCGCCCUCCGACAUCAACGGCGGCUUCGCCAACUUCCUCAAGCAGAGGUGCCCGGCCAACCCGACCUCCAGCAACGACCCGACGGUGAACCAGGACGCCGUCACGCCCAACGCGUUCGACAACCAGUACUACAAGAACGUGGUGGCGCACAAGGUGCUCUUCGCGUCGGACGCGGCGCUGCUGACGUCGCCGGCGACGGCGAAGAUGGUGUCGGACAACGCCAACAUCCCGGGGUGGUGGGAGGACAAGUUCGCCAAGGCGUUCGUCAAGAUGGCAUCCGUCGGUGUCAAGACCGGCUACCCCGGCGAGAUCAGGAGGCACUGCAGGGUCGUCAACUAAUCAUCUAUAUAUUGAAUUCAACGUGUGUUCCAUCAAAUUUUCUCAUUGCUACGUUUUGUUUUUGUAUUUAUUCGUUCAUUCUUUUGUGUAGUGUAUUUUGUGUUGAUUAUUAUAUAUGUCCUCUCCUAUUAUGUAAUUGUGUAAUAUGACACUUUAUCAUGUAAUAACAUUGGAAUAUAUUUUUGGAGUAAAUUUCACAAAACUACAGGUUUAAG